AUGCACAAACUUGCCAAGACCACGCUGACCCUGAGCGGACUAUCCUGUAGCUGCGUGUCUGCAGAGAGAUGGCUCAGGAGGACCCCCAACAUUGUUAGUAUGUGCAGACAGUUUGUAUCCGCGCAGCAGAGCAACAGUACUGGCCACGAUGACGUUUAUGAUGUCAUUAUAUCUGGCGGAGGCAUGGUUGGAUCUGCCAUGGCUUGUUCCUUAGGAAUGGAUCCAAGUCUAGAGGACAAGAAGAUUCUCCUUCUUGAUGCGGGACAUAAAAAAGUAAUGGAUUCGGUGCCAGAAACCUACAGCACCAGAGUCAGCUCCAUCAGCCCUGGUUCUGCAACCCUUCUUGCAGUUGUUGGCGCAUGGGACCAGAUUAAAAAUAUGAGAUAUAAGCCUUAUAAAAGGAUGCAGGUCUGGGACGCUUGCUCGGAUGCCCUGAUCAUCUUCGAUAAGGACAACCUAGAGGAGGAGAUGGCGUAUAUCGUGGAGAAUGAUGUCAUCGUGGCCGCCCUCACCAAACAGCUGGACAGAUUAUCUCAUAAUGUGCAAGUGCAGUACAGGUCUAAGGUGGUGAAGUACCAAUGGCCAAUGCCACAUCAGGCAACUGACUACAUGCCAUGGGUCCAGGUGACACUGGCAACGGGAGAGACUCUGCGAACCAAGCUGCUGAUUGGUGCCGAUGGUCAAAACUCAAUGGUGAGGAAGGGUUUAGGGAUCCCCACUGUUAAGUGGGAUUAUGACCAGUCCGCUGUCGUUGCUGUGCUGCGUCUGUCAGAGCCCACAGAAAACAAUGUUGCAUGGCAGAGGUUCCUCCCAACGGGACCCAUAGCAAUGUUACCGCUGUCCGACUCGGAGAGCUCUUUGGUGUGGUCCACCAGCCAUCACGUCGCAGAGGAGCUGCUUCAGCUGGACGAGGAGAGCUUUGUGGACGCCGUCAACUCUGCCUUUUGGAGCAAUGAGAACCAGUCUGACCUGGUGGAGACCGCUGGGUCCAUGUUUCGCUCUGCCCUGUCGGCCCUCAUGCCUUCGGCAGGUUCCCCUCGGCAGCUCCCUCCCAGUGUGGCUGCCAUUGGCCCUAAAAGCCGUGUGAUGUUUCCGCUCGGCAUGGGGCAUGCGUCGGAGUACGUCAGGCACCGCGUUGCUUUAAUCGGGGACUCGGCUCAUCGAGUGCAUCCCCUGGCCGGUCAGGGAGUGAACCUCGGCUUUGGGGAUGUGGCUUGCCUCACACAUCUCCUGAGCCAGGCAGCGUUUAAUGGGAAAGACUUAGGGGCGACGCAGCACCUCCUUGAAUAUGAGACGGAGCGACAGAGGCACAACCUGCCCAUGAUGGCGGCCAUCGACCUGAUGAAGCGCCUGUACUCCUCGGACGCGGCGCCGCUUGUUCUGCUGCGCACCUUCGGGCUGCAGGCCACCAACAUGCUCCCAACGCUCAAAGAGCAGAUCAUGGGCUUCGCCAGCAGAUAA